UUUCGUAUGUUAUGAAUCAUAAUAAGGCGUUCGGUACAAUGUCAUUAAACAAUUUUGUAGAAUUCAGCCAGUCAAAUCAAAUUCUUCGCAACACUCGGUACUUUACUAUCAGCGUUCGAUGAUUUUUCAACAAAGUGGAAAUUAACUGCUAAUUAAACGUCAUUGAUUAAACGAUAUCCAUUCGUCUUAUUUUAAACACAUUGUCUGCCGCAAUAGUGGAUAUAUUUGCAACCGAAUUGAAUGAAAAAUGGCCGCAAACGUGAGAACAGAAAUGCGAAUCCCAACACGAACAGCUCCUCGUCCACCCAUUAAUUCCACUGCACAAAGGACUGCUGUUUGGAACAGCUCAAAUGAUAUUUUUACAUCCACUUUCUCACAACAACCGGGUCAGAAAAAAAAACCACCUCCUCGGCCACCACCACCAAAAUUUAACAAGAAUUAUGUACAAAACCAAAAGGAUAGAUUGAAAAAGCCGGCAAGGUCAAGAGAACUCUUGACUAGUCUGUUUGGGAAGAAAAAGAAUGACCAUCAUUCAAGCACAGUACAGUUAAAUAGUCAAAUACAGAAUACGUUAUUGCACUCAGAAACUCUAAAUGGAUCAGUCUCUUUGAUAAACCUAAGUCCACCUGAGUCACCAACUUUUACAACUCGUUCAAGCAGUGAUGGCCUUAGUAUAGAUAGUUUUGGCAGUGAUGGCAAUUCAAAUCCAUCGGUGUUCACAAGCAGUGGAAAUACAUCUCAAACAGAGAGUGCCUUUGAAGAUGAUUUUGACUUUUUUGGAAUGUCCAUUAAAAAAACAACACAAAAUGAUCCUUGGCAGAUUAAUUCGAUGUCAGACCCAUUCGGACCAAUAGAAGUUACUAAUCACAAUGCAUUUCAACCUGUGAAGCAUGUAGGAGAUGCAUCCUUCUUUGCUUUCAAUACGAAUAAUUGUAACCAAGUGCCUUUUAGUCAGGCCUGUCCAAAACCUAUUCAGUCAAUGCCGACUAUUAUUCGUGCGAAACCACCGAAACCAGCUGCACCAAAAAUUUUACAAAAGAAACUAGGACAGCAGAUCACUCAGGUUGAAACUGAGUUUAAUUCGUUAAGUAGAGGAACAACGGGACCUUUUAUUAAACCUAUGACAUUAGAUUUGACACAGUCAUGGCCAGAAGAUACUAAAGAUAGUCCUUCACCACCAAUGCCUACAAUACCACCACCUGCACCUCCAUCAGAAUAUUUUGCAGAAGAAGAUUCUGACCGUUCUGCAAAUAAUAGCAAAGAACCUUUUGGAAUUGCACUGUAUGAUUUCCCAGAGGUACUCGAGGAUGAUCUAUCUUUCAAAGAAGGAGAUAUAAUAUAUUUAAUAAGGAAAGUAAAUGAUGAUUGGAUGGAGGGUAGAAUAGGAAGUAGACAAGGAAUAUUUCCGAUCAAUUUUAUCGAUAUCAAAGUACAAUUACCCGGAUUACCGGACAAUAUUGUUACUGCUAUUUAUUCUUUCAACGGCGAAACACCAGAAGAUUUAACAUUCGAUGAAGGUGCAAAAAUUACAGUUUUAUCAAGGUUAUCGCAAGAUUGGUAUUACGGUGAGUGUAACGGUCGGAAAGGACAAUUUCCAAUAAAUUACGUAAACAGAACCCCGUGCAAUAUUCCCCCAUCACAUUAAUUGUCACCAUACACUAACAUUUUAGAAUCCGUUUUAAUAGAUACAUAUUUUUCCAUUAAUUCCUUCAUAAAGAAAAAAGAUUGAAAGUUAAAUGUUCAUAAUCUGAAGUGUGCUUUUUUAAACAUAUUGUACGGAUAAAGAUAUAUUUUGUAAAAUUGUAUUCGGAAAAUGACUGAAUGAUAUAGAAUCUUACAUCGUUUUGUAAAAUUUGCAAGUGAAAUAUUUUUUAUAAGUUAGUAAAUCAGAUUUUUGAAACUACAAUAUUAAAAGGCAAGAUAAUCUUUUAUUAUUACUUUUUACGAAAAACUACAGAUAUAAAUCUUUGUAAUAAUUUUGUUAUGUUAAAUGUAAGUUUAUAUCGUAUUUCAUACAGUUGUGCACAAAAUUCAUAUUAUAAGAAAUAUUUACUGUCAAAAAAUAUUUAAUUUUUUUGGUAUGAUGUAGAUAUUAUUUAAACUGUUUCUUCCUCCUAACAUAGUUAAUAGCGUUUGGGAUUUGAACAUCAACACUCUCAUGCUAGUCUAACUCAAUUCUCAUGUCAAGAAAAGUAUUAGAUGGAACUUAAUUUUUCGUAUUUAUGGUUACCGCUAUAUAUGAUUCUCAUUUUAAAAUAGUAGUUUUUUUAUACUCAAAAAAGAAUUAAAAUUUUGUACAUCAAUGCAAGUCACACAUGUAAAUCAAAUGCAUAUUUACAUAUGUACAUAGAAUAUUUUUGUUUACAUAAUAAGCGUUAAGAUUAUAUUUUUGAAUAUAUUAAAAAUAACAAUCGUUACAACAGCUUUGAAUAACGUGUCUUACUUAUAAAUAUAAUAUUUCGUUUUUGCCUGUAAUAAAGAUUCUUCUCACAUGAAAAAAGAUCGUAUAUUUUUGUGUAAAUAUAUGAUUACAUGAUUCUUAAAAAGAAACAUUUAAAUAUUCAAUUUGGGCAUAUCUUCGUGAAUAUUUGUUAUCUAUGUAUUUUAAUGGUAUGUGUAUAUGAGAACGUGUGUGUGUACAUAGAUAUGUGUUUUUCAAUUGUAAUGUUUGCUAAAUUAUUAUAAAAUUGGCUAAAGUCGAAAGAAAUACGACCUACAGUAUUAAUAAGUAAUAUUUCUAUGAAUCAGUGACCUUUAUUGGGACCAGCAUAUUCGACUUAUAAGGUUAAUUAAUUAUAGCGGAAAGAAUUAAAAUUAGUAUUGCUAUAAUAAUUAUUGUGUAUAAUAUAAUUCGGGCGUAUGUGUGUCAUGCAUCUACGAAAUUAUUUUGUUAUAUAAAUUUUACUACGUAUGUUAAUAAAAUUAUUUAAUACGCUACAUAACAAAGAUACCGAUUGUAAAUUAAGUGGCAUAAUAAUAACAAUAAUGAAAACGAAAUAGGUCGGUCAAAGAAUGGAGUAAUUGUAAAAACUUGCCAUGAAGUAUGUAAUAAAGUACACAAUAAAAAAAUGUGUAUGUGAGGAAAUAUUUUAUGAUGUUUAA